CGCCUGUAUUAUCAGCAAUAUAACAAUUAUAAAAAGCCCGAGAACCAUCAUCAUCACUGCCGUAAAAACUGAGGCCCUCAGACUCCUUUCCCUCCCCCCCCUCCUUCCUCUCCCCCCUCCCUCUUAUUAAACCCUAGGCCCUGGAAAAGCCAUGAAUUUUGAAUUUGAGAGGGAGAUCGGGUUUAUAAAUAGCCAGCCUUCGCUCGCAGAGUGCCUGACGUCUCUUCCCGCUGUCCUGGAGACAUUUCAAACUUCAUCAAUCAAGGACUCGACAUUAAUUCCUCCUCCUUUUGAGCAAACCGUCCUCAGCCUGAAUCCUUGUUCCAGCAGCCAGGGAAGACCGAGGAGCCAAAAAAGAGCAUCUCAUGGCCUGCUCCAGCCCCAGUCCCAGCCUGUGGCACAGCCCGGCCGCCUGGCAGCAGAAUUCCCCUGGAUGAAGGAGAAGAAAUCCUCCAAGAAAGCUAUCCAGGCUCCAUCCUCUUCCUCCUCUUCCCCCCUAUCAUCUUCGCUGCCGAUCGCUGCCGCAGGAUCUCCUGCAGACACGCAGGGGCUGGCGGACACCAGCGGUUCCAGGAGGCUCCGGACCGCCUACACCAACACCCAGCUGCUGGAACUGGAGAAAGAAUUUCACUUCAAUAAAUACCUCUGCAGGCCCCGUCGGGUGGAGAUCGCGGCUCUACUCGACCUCACCGAGCGGCAAGUGAAGGUCUGGUUCCAGAACCGCCGGAUGAAGCACAAGAGGCAAACCCAGUACAAAGAAAGCCUCGACGGGGACCUCGCCUACCCCAACCCGGACGAGGGCAGCGACCUGGCGGAGGAGGCUGAGGACAGUCCCGCUGCCGGGCCGGCCCCCAUGCCCGGCGGACCCCACCGAAGCGAAGCGCCGGGGAGUGAGGGACCGGAGAGCCCACAGUUCGCGGGGGAGCCAGGCGGGGCCGCCGGCCUUUCGGACCGUGCCUACCCCGGGAGCCGGGACUCGCCUUUGCUGCCAGAACUGAGCAUCUUCUCGGCAGAGUCCUGCCUGCAGCUCUCCGAGGGGCUUUCCCCUGGUCUACAGGGCUCCCUGGAAAGCCCCGUUCACUUCUCUGAGGAAGACCUGGACUUUUUUACCAGCGCACUUUGUACUAUAGAUUUGCAACAUUUACAUUUCUAAUAGCCACCCCCGCCUCGCCGCCUCUGCUCUUUCCAGGAGCACCAGCCCCGUCCAGCUCCCCCCCAAGCUCCUGAAAAGGGGGAGGAAGUGCACCCUCAAAAAGAAACCCAAGCCAUCUCUCAUUCAAUCACCCCAUCCACCCCUCCAGAUGCUUUCUUUUAAAGCUUCUCACACUGUGGGAACCGAAUCCCCCUCCCAGUAUUUAUUCCAGAAGGCUCACGUGAAAGAACAGCCCGAGUUUUGCUAAAUGCAGGUAUUUAAUUAUAGGUCUUUUCCUUAUUUAUUAUUUAAAAAGCACCCACUAGUUCAUACACACACCAGAGACAUCAGUCCCCAAGAGAAAACAUUUGUAAACCCUACAAGCUACUUUCUCAGGAAUCAGAACGAGACUUUUAGGUUUCUUAAUAAAAUAAUGUUUAAUAAAUAAAUAAAAAAUAGAGGAUUUUUCCUUCCUCUUCUUAAGUUUUAGAUGUAGAUUAUUUAUUAAAAUCCUUUAUUAGCAAAUGGCAAAUUAUUUAUUGUACAUUAUUUUCA